AUGGUUUCCACAUCUACUACUUCUGGAGAUCCUCCAGUCAUUCCGAGUGAACAGCUCAUCAAACGGAUGGACUAUGCGGUUGCUUCGGGAGGCUACGGACAAGUCUUUCAAUGCACCAUGCGGCCGCCAGCGGCUCCAGAGAUUUUGGUGGCUGUUAAGGUCUUAAUGCGUCUUACUGGUGAUGCUUCCAAGCUUAAGCGUGCACGUCGUGAGAUGAAGUUAUGGAUGGAAGCAAAACACGAUAAUAUCGUCCCUAUGCUCGGCAUCGCGGAGGAAUUUUCCAAAACAGGCUUUGCUAUGGUUUCUCCCUGGAUGAAAGGAGGGACCCUUGCACUAUAUCUCCAGGUUCACGCAGGAGCAAUACAUAGCAAGAAAAAACUGACUUUGCUCAAGGAUACUGCUAAAGGCUUGGCAUAUUUACACUCUCGUCAGAUUGUUCAUGGCGACCUCACCACCAACAACAUUAUGCUCGAUGACAAUGACAAGGCGUUGUUAAUCGACUUCGGAUUAUCAAAUGUGCUUGAGGGCAUCGAUGGUAGUUGCCUCACCCCCUCUCCAGCACGGCCAGGGGCAGUGCGAUUUGCUGCACCAGAACUGUUAGGCGUGAAAGAGGCGAUAAGCCAACCUACUGGCAAAACUUCACCGAUGCACUAUCAAUCACCGAUGCCGAAUAAGCACAGUGAUAUUUAUUCGCUCGGCUGCGUGAUACUCAACGUCCUCACGGAACAGUUGCCAUGGCAUCGGUAUCCUAAUAUGACUUUUCUUGGGGAUCUUCAUGCACCCAAGCCAAUUCCCAUUCCCGCCCACGGCCAUCUAUCUAAUGAACGCAAGAAGCUUAUCUGCGAGUGCACUUCAGUUCAAGUCAACGGGAGGCCAUCAAGUCAAUAUGUUGUGGAUUUCAUCGAAGAGGAGCUGCAUAUCGAAGAUACUGUAGCUCCUAUCCAGGAGUCGAUGCCAAGCCAAGUUGCUUCGACUUCCCUCCAACAGCCGAGCGCAGAUCUAUUCGGUCAAAUCCACUUCCGAGAUGACGGCAUCACCCCUACCACUAUCCAUUCUGAAUCGUCAUACUCAAGUUGCUUAACGUCACUGCCAGAUGAUUCACACGAUGGAGCAUCCUCACAAACUCGCAACGUGCCCACUGCAACUCAGCGACCAAACCUAGAUGUUCCAGUUGAAGUGUUGAUUACUACCGAGAUGCCAAAUAAUAACGACCCACCUGCCAUCAAUUCCCCGAGCAGAAAGAGUAAUAUCGUUGUUGCCGGGGCCAUCGGUUCCGGGAAAAGUUCACUCGUCAAUAUCCUGUGUGGGAAACAUGUCGCACAGACGUCAAACAAUGCUGAGCGUUGCACCAGAAAGUUGACGGACUACCAGACGUCCUUCCGCAACAUCGAAUAUAGAGUGUUUGAUACUCUUGGUUUUGCAUGUAGUACCGGCACUUCCUUGGGGCCCAAGGAACGGCCAGAGAAGCAUGAAAAACUGCAGAUCGAGGAAAUACACGAGCAGAGAAGUAUCGACUUACUAUUGCUCUGCGUGUCGAGCAGAAAUUUCCAUGUGCAAGCGGUGCUCGACGUUCAUAGAAGGAUCCAGGACCAAUUGCACGGAAGACACGUACCCAUCGUACUCAUCUUCACUCACUAUGAGGAACGGUCUAAGAUCGACAGUUGGUGGUCCAAAAAUUUGUUGACACUUCAGGCUCAACUGAACUCCAUCGCCAACCAUAUUUCCAUCACUUCGAUCGACGACAAAUGCCUUGACGAAUCUCGCAGGCAUAUCUUCCAGAUCAUUGCACAGCAUCGCACCUCCGAUGCAGGGGAGCCGUGGCAGGAGACGCCCGAGUCAGAAGAUGUUAAUUCUGCGCCGCCUUUGAGAAGCUUCCUGGGCGAUGCUGCCCGGGCUCUUCGCAUCAAGCAAUUCUCCACACAGGUCCGCGGGGUCGUCAUGAGUGGGUUUGGUCUACGACCACGCUCGUCCUGAGCAUAUGGGAAAGACACCGACAUCGCAGAAAAUGACUGUCCCCCAUUUCCUACGCAUGGCAUGUGUUGGAGAGAGUAUAUCAUCGGUUGUUUGGAUCCAUUGUCGCCCCUUUCAUAUUAAUUAUGCCCUUGCUAGUACUUAUUAUCCUUAAUAUUGUGACUAUCCUUAUUUUAUAUUAUUAUUACUGCAGAACAUACUUGUGUCGAGAAAAGUAUUUAUUAUCCUUAAUGUUGUGACUAUC